CUGUCGUUAGCACCCCAGCACAAAUAUCGCGCCGGGUUGCUAGUUUGCAAGCCCUCCCCAGUUGCUGGUUGGAAAAGAUGUUGAAAAGAAAGUCGCAUAACAAAUCGCGAAAGGGGUGUCAGAAUUGCAAGCGGCGGCACGUCAAGUGCGACGAGCAAGGGCCGCCGUGUGCGAACUGUGUGGUGCGGGAGACCUCAAGCACCUGCAUCUAUACCCAAUCGUCCCAGAGCUCCCUGUCCGCCGUCAGCUCGCGGGGGCAGGAUGCGGCGGCAUCGGGCCGGAGGGGCGGGGGCGACCGCGACCAGGCCGUGGCCGCGGGCUCUACCUCACCUUCCGAGAGCAGGUCCCCGGCCCCCGAGCCGGCGGCAGCGACCGAGCAGCAAGAGCUGGCAACCGCGCCGGCGCGGUCUGCACCGUCAGAGGGCGAGUCCAGCAGGCUGCUGGACCUGGAGCUGAUGCACCGCUGGUCGACGGUGACGUACAAGUCGCUCAUCUCGGUGCCGGCCGACGAGAGCUACCUGCAGGUCGGAAUCCCCAUCGAGGCCCUCAAGGCCGGCUACCUCCUCAACGCGCUGCUGGCCGUCACUGCGCUCGAGAAGGUCAUGUCGGAGGGCUCGCCGCCGUCGUCGCCGUCCCCGGGCGAGGAUGGGGAGGGGAGUGGCGGCGGCGGCGGCGGCAGCAGCAGCAUGGCGGCAACGGGCAACAGCGAGCGCAUCCGGGCUAGAAACAGGCGCUACAUCCGCGCGGCCAUCGAGUACUACGACCGCGCCAUCAACGCGUUCCGCGCGGCGUUGCCGACCGUCGGGCCCGAGAACCACCACAUGCUGUACUUUGCCUCGAUCCUCGCCGCCAUCGUGCACCUGCUGAUGCCGCAAUGCCUGCACGGCCUCUGGGCCGAGGACGGUGGAGGAGGCGGUGGUGGUGGUAACGGCGGCGGCGGCGGCGGCGAGGCCGUGGGCGCGCACGGCGGUGUGGGGCUGGGCCAGGACCCGGCGCCGCACAGCGCCAUUGCGCACGCGCUGUCGCUGUUCGAGCUGCUCAACGGCACUGGCAGCAUCGUCAGCGUCAACUGGGGCUGGCUGAUUGCCAGCCCCGCGGGGCCGUCCAUCGCCCAGGCCCUCUCGCACGGCCAGCCCGACGUGCACAAGCUGGAUCCGGACACGACCGCCGCCAUGGACCGCCUCAUGGUGCUGGCCGCCGCCACGGGCCCGCCGGUUGCGGACGACGACGGCGGCGGCGAUGGCGGAGGGGACGGCUCGGGGGAGGGCGCGGCGGCGGACCCGUACGGGCGCGACAGGCAGCUGAUCGCGCCGGCCGAGGCGCUCGUCGCAAAGGCCGACUACGCCGUCCUGCUCGACGGCAGCGUGCAGGUGCUGCCGGCGCCGGCGAACCCGUCCGACUUGACGCCGGCGUACAAGGCGGAGCAGCGGGGCGGGCCGGCGGCGCGGCGGCGCAGCCCGGCCGAGGUGCGGCGCGACAUGUACAAGAACACCGUCUUCUACCUGCGCAUGGGCUUCGCCGACGCGCACAGGGGCGCCUACAAGUUCUCGGGCAUCGGCUUCCCCAUGCUGGGCCGCCACGAGUUCGCGGCCGCCGUGGCCCGCCGCGAGCCCCUGGCCCUGCUCCUCGUCGCCUACUGGGGCGUGCUCAUGGGCCACGAGAACAAUGCGGCCUGGUGGACCGGCCGCGCGGGCCGCUGGUCCAUCGGCCGCGACCUCGUCGCCGAGAUCUCCGAGGCCCUCGUCCUGCUCGAGAUGCGCGGCCGCCUGGGCGACGGCUUCGCGGCCAUGCCCGAGUGGCGCGCCAGCAUCUCGUGGGCCAGGACGCAGACCGGGCUGACGGCGCUGUAGGAGACUAGAGACCAGAGAGCUGUGCUUGUUUGGUUUUUAUUUUAUUUUAUUCAUUUCAUUUUGGAUCUAGUAUAUCCAUGUCCUUAUUGAUUCACGAAUACACGAAUUGAUACCCAUUCCAAACGAAG